GAAAUAUGACAGAUAAUUAAGAAAGAGCUAGAGGAGGGAUUAAGGGCCCGAGAGAUUGGUGAGACAAAACAGAACCAGGUCGAGCACAUACUUAAAGGGGUCAACAAUUCAAUACUUCAAGAUUCUUUUUGUAUAAUGCGUUAAUGGAGUCGCAUGCAGGUCGUGAGAGUGUUGGGAGUAUAAGCAAUAAAUCAGAAUAUAGUUUUGUAGAAACAAAUAAUACAAAUGCAGCCAUGUUUGACACAUCUGUGUAUUACGAUUCGAAAGACACUACAUUAGGAAACGUCACUGGUUCUUUUAAUAGGUCAACAUCAUCAGAAACAGAGUCUUAUGUUGCCCAUAUCACAAAAUGGAUGUCAAGUUUAGAAACAACGCCAGUUGGAAAUAUUACAGAUAUUUCCCAUGAGGAAUAUAUCGAGGAUGAAGUAACUUUAAACAUGUAUAGGAUUAUAGGUCCUUUGAUCAUAGGAUUCGGGACGUUUGGAAAUAUACUGUCAAUCGCUACAUUGUGUCAGCGACACAUGCGCAAUUCGACUUCCUGUUUGUAUUUGAUCGCUGUUGCUGUUGCCGACAUCUUUGUUUUAUGGACAGGACUUAUGUAUCGCGUUCUGUUGAACAUUGCAGAAAUUGAUUUAGCGAAGACUGGGGAUAUUGCUUGUAAAUUAAGGAUGUUUACUUUGUAUUUCUGUCCAAUGCUAUCCACGUGGUACCUGGUAGCUGUAACUGCGGACAGGGCCGUCUGCGUUUGUCUACCAUUAAGGUCAAAGCGAUUGUCAACGAGGAGAAAAGCGAUGCUCGUGAUAGUAAUUAUAUUCUUGAUAAUGUCAUCCUUGAAUUUGCAUUUCUUUUGGACGUAUACAAGGGUGACCGAGGAUUGUGUUUGUGAUACGGCCAACACUCAGUCCAAAGUAUUCAUAGAGCUGGUAUGGCCAUGGGUAGACUUGGUAGUUACAGUCGGGAUACCUUUUGUAACACUGAUAACCUGUAAUUGUUUAAUCAUAUUCAAGGUGGUGCGCAACUCGAGAUUUAGGAGAUCGCACAUGAAUGUCAAACGAUCUAAAGAUAACACUAACUCUAUGACAAUCAUGCUACUUACUGCUAGCUUUUCAUUCCUAAUUCUUACAACACCCGUUCAAGUAUUUUUCAUAGGUCUCCCACAAUGGAUACAUACCUCAUUUGCAACGUCACAUGGUAAGGCUGUAAAGAGGUUAGUUCUGGCGACGCUAUCGUUACUUUUCUGGUGCAACAACGCUAUCAACUUCGUAUUAUAUUGCGUUAGCGGGCGUCGUUUCAGACGGGAGUUUUUCGCCAUUUUUAGAUGUCGACAAAGAUCUGUUCCAUCGUAUAAUUCAUCGUCCAAGGGAUCGAACAAUAACAAUGGAGGAUUGGGAGGGGUGUCAACAGGAACUGUAACCACCUCGUUGGCAUCCAGAGGGAGUUCACUUAUGAGACGAGCGUCUAAUGCAAGUGUGGUAAAUAAUACAAUUCUGUGA